UGAACCCCAAACCUUUUAGUAAAAUAGAACACAAACUACUCUGAAACCAAGCGAAUUGAGACGCGGAAACCAAAACCCGAGAUCGCGGCGGCGAACGUUGGCGUUCAUAUUUCACGAUACAGUCCUCUACCGUCUUCUUCUUCUCUCCAUUCCAUUGAAUUCAAGCGUUCUAGCACCAACAGGUGAAAGAUUACUAGGGUUUAUGAGCGAGGCCAGUAGAAACUAAAGCCCUAGCAACUUUCAAUGAAGACUUCUUGGAGGAAGAGAAGACCAGAGGAUGGUAUCUAUAUAGGUCGUGCAGAGCCUUGUGUUCUGUUUUCUCAGACAUUUGUUCAUCCUCAACUUGAUGAAUAUGUAGACGAGGUGAUAUUUUCUGAACCUGUUGUCAUCACAUCUUGCGAGUUUCUUGAACAAAGUUGUUCAUCUGCCUCGUCCGCAGUGACAUUAGUUGGAGCAACUUCUCCUCCCUCUUUUGCUUUGGAGGUUUUUGUGCAGUGCGAGGGUGAAAUAAGGUUUAGGCGGCUUUGUCAACCUUUUCUAUAUUCUCCUUCGUCAUCAAAUGUCCUUGAAGUAGAGGUUGCUGUGUGUAAUCAUUUGGUUGUUAGAGGCUGCUACCGCAGUCUUAGCUUAGUUGUAUACGGAAAUACAGCUGAAGAUUUGGGGCAGUUCAACAUAGAUACGGAUUUGGAUAGCACUCUGACUAAUAUGGUUUCCUCAGUUGAGGGAAGUCUUGAGGAUCUUCCUCCUGCACUUCGCCCAACUUAUAAACCAAUUGAAGAAAUUAUAUGCCCUCCCAAAGCAUUAUCCCUAGAAUUUGUUCCUGCUGAUAUUGAUGUUGAGGUUAAGCUGCUGCUGCAGCUAGUGUUCAAGAUUUUGCAGUCAUCCCACUUUAGGGAUCAAAUUGAUAAAGUUAUUAGUUGCCUAGUAACAGUAGCCUCAUGUUAUGCAUCAUCUAGUUCACAAGGUGUCUCUACCAUUGGCGGCUCUGCAGGUAGCACCAAGGAUUCUGGAAACAUCUCUUUGUCUGUUAUCAUUGAGGGCAGGAAGGAAAUUGAAGAUAUUUUCAAGAACCUUCAAUAUGAAUCAGAUGAUUCAUUUGCUGAAUCUUCAGUGGAUCUUACUUUUCUUGAUUCAACUUCUAAAAUUCUCACUUCGGAAGAGUUGGUCGAUCUAAUAAAUAAAAACUUCAAAUUUGAAGGUACUUUUGGAUUGGCUGCACACCCAGAAGUUCCCAAGAAUAAGAGCUUGCUUCUAUGGUUGAGUGCAGCAUUUUUUAUGUGCUCCGGCAGGGAGUGCUGUUUUCACUUUGUUAAUGGUGGUGGGAUGAAGCAACUAGUAAAUGUCUUUCUUCAAGGCUUGCUGAACUCUCGUGCUGUUACAUUAACGUAUCUUGUAGUAAUAGAGCAGGCUACUAAACUUUCCGAAGGGUGUGAAGGCUUUCUAGGUUGGUGGCCUCGUGGUGAUCCAAAUGUUCCAUCCGGGACCAGUGAUGGAUAUAAUAUGCUAUUGAAGUUAUUAUUGGAUAAACAACCGCAUGAUAUUGCAUCUCUUGCAACUCGUAUACUCCAUCGUUUGCGUAUUUAUGAAGUUGCAUCAAGAUAUGAGUCUGCAGUGUUAUCUGUGAUAAAAGGUGAUCCGUCUGCUGAAAAAUAUGGUAGUAUUGUAGUGGACAAGCUUGUCAAUGCUAAAAUGCAACUUAAGAAACUCGUGAGGUUGUUAAAAUUGGGUGGUCCUAUUGAAGAUCCAUCUCUGGUGGCCUCAUCUUCUAGAUCCCUGAAUCUUUCCGGAACUGAGGGACUGUUGUCAUAUAAGUCAACCAUAAACUUGAUAUCUUCAUUGCGUUGUGACUUUUCUAGUCAAGGGAUUGAUUCAUACUUGCUAUCUCUUCUAAAGGAGAGGGGUUUCUUUUCUCUUUCUGCUGCGGUCUUAUCUUCACCAAAUUUACGCGAUUUGAUGGGGCAUGCCACAGAUAUAUUUCUGGAUGUUACUUCUUGUGUUGGAGCCAUAAUGCUUUCUCUUGUUUCUUGCCGCUCAGGGUUACUCUUUCUUUUACUCCACCCCGAGCUAUCAAUAACACUGAUACUUUCGCUAAAAGGCAGAGGUCAUUUUGGCAAGGAAGAUCCAUUUCCUCUCCGUUAUGCAUCUGUUUUGAUAUCAAAGGGUAUCUAUUGUCAUCCUGACGAAGUUGGAAAAAUCAUCGAGACACAUCUGAGGGUGGUAAAUGUUGUAGACCGUUUGCUGUUAUGCCCUCCACAAUCUGAUGAAACUUUAUGGGUAAUAUGGGAGCUAUGCAGCAUAUCGAGAUCUACUUGUGGACGAAAGGCUUUGUUGGUUAUUGGACUUUUUCCAGAGGUCAUGUCUGUCCUGGUUAAAGCUUUACACUCCAUUAAAGAAGUGGAUCUUGUUCCCUCAAAUAGUGGAGCUUCAUCACUUAAUUUGGCAAUGGUUCACUCAGCUGCGGAGGUCCUUGAAAUUAUUGUUGCUGAUUCUAUGGCCUCUUCAAUGAGUUCAUGGAUUGGACAUGCUACAGAACUUCAUAAGGCUCUCGAUUCAUCUUCUCCGGGUUCCAACAGAAAGGAUGUGCCCACAAGACUUUUGGAAUGGCUAGAUGCUAGUGUAGUUUAUCAUAGUAAAGGGGCUACUCGCCUUCUACACUAUGCUGUAAUAUUGGUUUCCGGAGGAGAGGGACAGGUUGCCUUGACUAGCAUUCUGUCAUCAGAUGCCAUAGGUGUGGAGAAUGAAGUCGAAGACUCUUCCAGCAACUCUGAGAAUAAUCUUAUUGGGAAUCUAAGAAAAUCCAUAUAUGAGAAAAGUUACCAGCCCUCUAUUCUUCGUGAUUCUUCUGUUGCGCAACUGACUACAGCUUUCCGUAUUUUGGCAUUCAUAUCAGAGAACUCGGCUGUCGCUGCUGCUUUAUACGAAGAAGGAGCUGUAUUGGUUGUGCAUGCACUUUUGAUCAACUCCGGACUGAUGCUAGAGAAAUCCUCUAACAACUACGAUCACCUUGUUGAUGAGGGGACUGAAACUUCUGAUUUUCUUCUUGACCGCCACCGGGAGCAAAGUCUAAUUGAUCUUUUGAUUCCAUCCUUAGUGUUGCUGUUCAACCUGUUGCAAUCAUUACAGAGAUCCAAAGAGCAGCACAAGAAUACAAAGCUGAUGAAAGCCCUUGUGCAAUUACAUCAGGAAGUGAGCUCAAAAUUAGCUGCAUGCUCAACAGACUUAGCUUCUUAUCCUGUUUCUGCACUCGGUUAUGAGGCUGUUUGCCAUCUAAUUGUUUCAGUGCUUGUUUGUUGGCCAAUUUAUGGCUGGACCCCCACCCUUUUCUCAUUUCUCACUGACAGUCUUCAAACUACAUUAUUUCUGGCACUGGGUCCCAAGGAAGUUUGCAGUUUCCUCUGUCUAUUGAAUGAUCUAUUGCCGGAAGAAGGCAUCUGGCUUUGGAAAGAAGGAAUUCCCAUGUUAAGCGGUCUUAGAAUGUUGGCUGUUGGCACAUUCCUUGGUUCUGAGAAGGCGAAAGAUACAGAAUGGUACUUGAAACCAAAACACCUUGAGACAUUGUUGAGUGAGUUGGUACCACAGCUUGAGAAUAUUGCGCAGAUUAUCCUGCGUUGUGCGAUCACUACUGUAAUUGUGCUACAAGACAUGCUUCGUGUUUGUGUUGUUCGUGUGGCAUGCCUGAAUAUGGAUCACGCCUCUAUACUUCUUGAACCUAUAGUUUCAUCAAUUCGUAAUUCCCUUUCUGAAACAUCAUUAUUGUCGAUGUCUGAUUAUGAUGCUUACAAGGUCUCCAGAUUGCUUGAUUUUCUUGCUGUCUUAUCAGAGCAUCCCUGUGGCAAGGCCUUAUUAUUGAAGGAAGGUGUUGUUCAUAUACUUGUAAAAGGGCUGGAGAGGUGUGUUCCAGUUGCUGAGUUGGAAGGAAAGCCAUUUUAUGAGAGCAGACAUAUUGGUUUUCCGCAGCUGUCAUGGUGUGCUCCUAUAUUAAGAACACUUGAACAUCUCUGUGAUUCACGACCAUGUACUCUCUAUAUUGGAAGGAUCAAAUUCAAAACAUUGACUACAGAAGAUUUCUCAAUGAUCUUAUCACUGCUGCUUGAGUUAUGCAAGGUACUGCCAGUUGGGAAAGAAUUACUUGCUUGUUUAUCUGCAUUUAAGGAAACAUGCCUUGCUUCUGAAGGACAGCAAGCUUUACUGUCCAUUACCAACCAUGUCAAAGCUUUAUUUGCCAAGGAAUCUGAUUCAACGAGCAUGAAUGAAGAACCAAGCUACAGUAGUGUUUUUGAUACACUUAACUGGAAGAAACACCCUCCGUUGCUGUGUUGUUGGAUAAAUUUACUGAAAUCUCUUGAUUCAAGGGAUGUCCUACCAGACCAUGCUAUUGAUGCUGUUACUGCAUUGUCUUGUGGUGUUUUGAAGUUCUGCAUGGUUGCGGAAAGAUGGAACCUGGACAGGGUGGUUGCUUUGAAGUAUCUUUUUGGUAUUCCUCAUGAUGCGAACACUGCAAAUUAUUUUUCAGAGGACAACAUAAAAUACAUUCAAGAUUUAGCAUCAAUGGUUACCUCAAAAAUGAGUAAUGGCGAUUAUAAAGCUGUAUCAUCCAAUGAGAGAAAAAGUCUAUAUCAGGUUACACAGUUUUCGAAGUCACUAUUGUUUUUAUUAAGCGAGCCUUCUGACUUGUUAAUAGCUACGGAUGUAGAUCUCAGUCUAAUGUCUUCUGUUGAUGUGGAAAUUUCUCCAAAGAUAUGUAUGAUUGCUGACAGAAGUGAUGAAAAAAUUGACGAUCAAAACUUUAGUGGACUUGCAGAUAAAUUUAUGUGGGAAUGUCCAGAAAGUUUGCCUGAAAGUUUAUCAGAAGCAGCUCUUCCCCAGAAAAGGAAAAUACCUUCUUCUUCUGAUGGAGCAGGUAGACGUCAAAGAGGUGACAAUUCCAUGGCUGACACUCAAGCCCAAAAUAAUGCAUUCUCUAGAGGUUCAGGACAACCAACAAUCCCUACACGUAGGGAUAAUUUCAGGCAACGGAAGCCUAAUACGAGCAGACCUCCAUCUAUGCAUGUGGAUGACUAUGUUGCCAGAGAAAGAAAUAUUGAUGGUAGUAAUUCUAAUGUAAUCGCAGUACAACGGGUAGGAUCAUCAAGCGGGCGACCUCCAUCGAUCCAUGUUGAUGAAUUCAUGGCUAGGCAAAGGGAACGCCAAAAUCCAGUAGCAAUGGUAUCUGGUGAUGCAACUCCUCGUAUAAAAAGUAUUGCUCCUGUGAUUGAUAUUGAUAAAGACAAGUCGAAUAUAUCUAAGCGCUUGAAGGCUGAUCUGGAUGAUGAGGGGAUAGACAUAAUCUUUGACGCGGAAGAGGCGGAAUUCGACGAUAAGUUGCCUUUUCCCCAACCAGAUGAUAAUUUACUGCAACCUGUUACGGUUUUAGUUGAACAGCAACGGUCUCCACAUUCAAUUGUGGAAGAGACAGGGAAUGACUUGAAUGGAAGCAGCAGUCGUGUAUUAGCAGAAGAGAAUGCUCAGAGUGAUUUUUCUUCAAGGAUGUCAGUUUCACGACCUGAUAAGCCAUUGGCUAGGGAACAAAGUGUUUCUUCUGAUAGGAAAUAUUAUGAACAGGGUGAUGAUGCACAGAAUAUUCAUGUGAAGAAUAAUAAUUUGUUGCCUUCUUCUAGAAUGUCUUUGCAUUUGCAGCCAAAGAAUAAUUUUGGAGGAGGGCCAUAUGAUACAAAAGUUAACCCCCCUCUUCCUCCAAUGCCACCACCACACACAAUGAUAUCCAUGUUAUCUCAAGUUUCCGAUGGCAUGAAUAAUCAGUUAUCUCAGUUUGCUAACCCUGCCGGAGAUUUUCACCCUACAGGAGGACCCCAGGGAUAUCAUGGGCAUUCACAAGGUGGGUCUGCAAGGCCACCUCCCCCACUCCCUUCCACCCCACUACCUUACCCGAUGUCUAAUUCCAACUUACCAUCACAUAAAACUUCGAUAUCACUUUCAACAGCCUUUAACCAAAGUAGUAAUAAUGGAGCUGUUGAUCUAUCUCAUCCAUCGUUAAGUGAUCCUAGGUAUAGCACUCACUCUGCAUCGGGUGCAACAAUGACUUCUUAUCCUCCAUCACCUCUACUGUUUUCAAGACCGGUUUCCAUGCCUCCCAUGGGUGGUGUUGCUUAUGGACAUAACCCAACUCCUCCUCCAACACAUAAUCAGGGAGGGGAAAACAUGUCUGGUAUUCCCCAACAUAAUCAUAUUCCCAUUCAGUCAAUGCAAUCACUUACUCAGUUACAGCCUCUACAACCGCCACAAAUUCUUCGCCCACCUCACCACCUUAGACCACCAAUGCAAGUUGUUCAACAACAGUCUGACAAUAAAAUGCCAUCACAGAUCACCCAACAAUCCCAAAUCUCCCCUCUUCAUUUAUACUAUCAGCAGCAGCAACAACAACAACAAGAGAGUCUGUCACAUGCCCAACGACACCAAGUUGAUCAUUCUCAAAUGAUGCAGCAGCAGCUGCAGCAGCAACAGCUGCAACAGCAACAGCAACAGCUGCAACAGCAACAGCUGCAGCAGCAACAGGUAAUACAUAAUAACCAAGGGGGUGAGUCAUCUACCUCUCAGCAGCAGCAGCAGCAAGAUGCUGCAAUGACAUUGCAACACUACUUCAGCUCCCCAGAAGCUAUUCAGUCUCUGUUGAGUGAUCGCGAUAAACUCUGUCAGUUAUUAGAGCAACAUCCAAAAUUAAUGCAAAUGCUCCAGGAGAGAUUGGGACAAAUAUAGCGGUUGCUGCUGUGAGAUGUAAAACGCAGGUUUUGUGACCUAGUUUGUUUUUGUUAUGGAAUAAUAAUCAUUUUUUUUAAAAGUUAAACUUUUAUUAAAUCGAGCGCAAGAUGCGUUCAAACGUUAGAAAAAAGUAAUAUAAACUAGACAAUUAAUUCAUUUGAUGCUUGAUUAUGGAUGUAUGGAUGGCUGGAUCAUGGGGAUUUUGUUGAUGUAUAUUUUGACUAUUCUUAU